AAAUAAAAGAGGUUUUUCCUGGACCCAGACUCUGCUUCAUGCUUGUUAAGGAAGCCUGGGUCAGAACAAACUAGUCCAUCCUCAGCCAUCUCCAGUAAUAACAGAGACUCAAAAAAUGUUCCUGAAAGAAGCGUUAAAGUAUUAUGAGGAUGAGUUAAAUACAAAAAACCCCAAAAGCGUCUUUCACACAGGAAGAAAAUUUCUGGGGGAGUGGGAUGAAGAGCAGAUUUCAACAUCCAGUAGGAAACAAGAACAUCAUCUGUUUUACUUUCUUUUGUAGGUCCUUCUGAGUUACUGGAUAUGACAGAUAGCGAAACGGGUGAGACAGCUUUGCACAAGGCAGCUUGCCAACGCCACCGUGGCAUCUGCCAGCUGCUGGUAGAGGCAGGGGCAUCAUUGAGGAAAAUGGACUCCAAGGGUAAGACACCUCGAGACAGGGCCCAGCAGGCUGGGGAUCCAGAUUUAGCCUCCUACUUGGAGAGUCAUCAGAACCAUCCAGUAGUGCCCCACGAGGAUCUAGAGACUGCCGUGUGAUCUCUGUGGGUGUGCAAGAGAAAACUCUAGGAAAUGACAAAGCUGCACCUGAGGUACUCUUGAGGUGUCAUGUGAGGAAGAAGCAAAUGGAACCACCAGUCUCUUGCUCUCCUGCAAACUCUGAGAAGAAGCCACCUGUUUCUAAGGGCUACGGAGACUUGCCACGGAACUGUUCCCACAUGUCAGCUUGUAGGGAUAAAGGAGGAGACUCAAAGGCCUGGAGAAUCCAUAGGCCAAGGAAAUGUAUUCUCACUGCUCCCCCUAAGUAGCAUGAACAUCUCCCAUGUUCCUCUUGUAGAAUCUGUUUGAAUAAACAACAGCAACACAAAAUGUGGGGGAAGAAACCAAAACAACACACACAUUCAUAAUCCAGGCAACCAUUGAUCUUCUUCUAACGCUUGCCAUGAAAAUCUUGUGUUUCCCACUCUCCAUUUCUCUCACUUUCAUGCUUCAUAUUCUUGUUUCUGAUGCUGUGUUGCACACCAAUAAACCAGCAUCUGUGUCUUUGUGCUAAUUUUUCACCAUUCUUGAUUAAAUCAACUCUGUCAAAGGGGAUCAUAUAAUUCAUAUAAUGAAUUCACGCUUCAUAGUCUCUCUAAGUUUGACAUUGUUACAUCAUUGCUUCUUCUGAACCCUCCCUGUUUUCUUUGGAUAUAUAUCAAGUCUGCGACAGAAAGAAUCAUGCAGAAGAACAGUGAUUUUAUUAUUUAUUUAUACAUAGAAAGGUGAGAAUACAGGGCACAUAGAAACAGGUCAGAUUUAUCAAAGUGAUAAAUACUCUUAGAAUAUACAAGGGUUUUACUCAAAUUCUAGAGUGACUGCAUACCUAGAUUCAUGUGAGACCUUACGUUUGGUGGUAAUUUACGAGUGUCCCAAAUUCACAGAAUAAAAUGUGGACCUCAUAGAUUACUUUAGUGAUCAAUCUAAUCUAGUGAGAUAUCUUGGUUCUUUUUUUAAUGACUUACUGAUCACAAUUGAUUACAGUAGACUAGCUAUUUUGGAUCUAGUAUUGACA